CUGAUGCGUCACGUUUAGUACCUUGUACUAGUGUGUGACCCGAUUCGUAAAAUUCUUUUUGCCUUCGAAAUCCUCAUUCCCUAAAGAAAAACAUUUUUCUUUUCUUUCUUUUCUCCUGCUGGUUUGUGUAACGUGACCAAGUAUGGCCAAGUUAAGCGCGACUUUGUGUACUAUAGUCAAAGAACUUCAACCCACCUACAUACACUAGACAUCUUUUGUUUUCUCUAUUCCGCCUACGUUGGCAUUUCCCUUUUGGUCCGAGUAAAAACACCUUUUUGGGUGGAAGGGUCGUCGGCCAGCGCCAUCUAGCGGCAGUUGGCGCAACUAGAUGUCUUUUUAGUUCCUUCGUUCGACGUCUGGGGCCCCUCCUGACGUUGAAUUUCCAGCCGAGUCGGAGAGUCGAGUUAGCCCUCGGUUAAGUCACGGUCGGGUCUUAACUGCUGGUGUGUGUGUGUGUGUGUGUGCAACGGGCGUAGUAUAUAUACACAGAGAGGCGAUAGACACACUAGUGGACGAGAAGUGAGUCGGGUCUUGUCUCUUGCUCCUUCUGCUGCUGCUGCUGUUUUGUUGCUGUUGUUGACGCCAUGGCUAGUGAAUCGAAAGGAUUGGUGUUCGCCACGGCCGUGAAGAAACACGCUGGACGGGCCAAAGAAAAGAUCCUGCAAAAGGUGGGCAAAGUGGACCGGACAGCCGACGAGAUCUUCGACGAUCACGUCCAGAAUUUCAACAAGCAACAAAAUGCGGCCAACAAACUCCAAAAGGAGCUCAACAAUUACAUCCGCUGUGUCAAAGCCAUGCAAGCGGCCAGCAAGACUCUGUACGAGUGCAUGUCGGAGGUGUACGAACCGGACUGGACGGGGCACGACUUGCUGACGGUCCAGUCACAAAACAUUGAAAUGCUCUGGCAAGAUCUUGGCCACAAAAUGACGGACCAGGUCCUCAUCCCACUCAACACCUACCAGGGCCAAUUCCCCGAAAUGAGAAAAAAGAUUGAAAAGAGAGGGAGGAAGCUGGUGGACUACGACGGACAGCGACACAGUUUCCAGGCCCUGCAGAGCUCCAAGAAGCGAGAGGAAGUCAAGAUCGGCCGUGCCAAGGAGCAAUUGGAGGAGGCCAAACGGACGUUUGCCGUUUUCAACGCGGAGCUCAACGAGGAGCUGCCGUCGCUCUACGACUCGCGUCUGCCAUUUUUCAUCACCAACUUGCAGACUCUCUUCUCGGCCGAGCAGGUGUUCCACUCUGAGCUCUCAAAGGUCCACGGCGAGUUGGAGUCCAUCAUCGACAAAUUGGCCAAGGAGUCGAGCGGACGGACGUCGUCGAGCCACUACAGGCGCAGCUCGCCGCCCACGCAGAUGCUCUCGUCACCCGGCAGCAAUUCGCUCAACAGCCCAGAAAACGUGGGUUCACGCGGAUCGAGACUGGGUCGGACGGAACAGGACGAGGACAACACGAGUCCGUUCCACGACCACCACCAACACAACAACCAAAAUGACCACGACAACUACAGCAAACAAUCUGGCGGGGGACUCAUUGGAGGCGGAACGGGAGCUGGCGGAUUGAAGGAUUACGAACCGGUUGAAGUCGGAGCCCAAGUCGGCGAAAUGACGACGACCAGCACUCCGACCAACAAUGGCGCAGGAGGUGCUACGACGGAUAACCUUCCGCCAGGUGUUCUCUACAGAGUCCGAGCCACUUACAAGUAUCAAGCGGAAGAUGAGGAUGAAUUGUCUCUUGAGGUGGGCGACACGGUCCAAGUGAUUGAAUACGAAGAUCCCGAGGAACAGCAGGAGGAAGGUUGGCUGAUGGGCAUCAAAGAGGCGACAGGACGUCAGGGUCUCUUCCCGGCCAAUUUCACUCGACCCAUCUGAGGUGGAACAAGUUGACAAGAAGAAGAAGGAAAGAAACAAGCACAGCCAUGAUGAAGAAGAAAAAACAAAAAAAAACAAAAACUCAUUUAAACUAACGAAUCUGAAAUGGAAAGAAGAUCUGGGGCGAAAUUAAAACCAAACGAAACAAGCUUAUAAGCAGCUCAAGAAGAUUAAAAAACCAGACUAAAAAAACGAAAAAAGGAAACCAGCUAUCAAACACUCUUUAAAAUUAUUCAACACCAGACUCCUCUUUCUUUUUUGAAAAAUUCUAUUGGAAGAAGAAGAAGAAAAAACCAGAACAAUCGUAUGGAAAGUGUUAAUUUAGAUCUGAUUGCACUCUCAUCAUCAUCAUAUCCCCCUCCUUCCCCACUUAUAAUAUUUUUCAACAAGUGGGGAAGAAGAAGAAGAAUAAGUUUUUUUUUUAAAUAUUAUUCAAUUGAACCUGUGUUUACCCACCCUCCUUUCCCAGUGGUCGUAGGUGUUACAUGAUAUUCCCUCCCUCUAGCUCUUUAUAUAAUUAAUUCUCGUAAUUUUUCAUUAUUUUUAAUUCAAAAGAAAGAAAAGUGUGCCAUGAAUCUCCUUCUCUCUCCGCUCCCAUUUUUUCGUUAUUUUUGCGUGUGCUAAAAAAGGUGUGUGACACUGUCUCUCUCGGUGAAAACGACAAGGAUCCUCUUCUUCAAAAAUUAGCAACAAGAAAAACAAAGAAACGAAGAAUAUUUCUUUUUUUCUUUUAAUUAUCAUUUGUCAAUCGGAAAAGACUCGAGCAUGAAUUUUUCUUUAUUUCUCUCCUACCUCUUAAUUAUUUCCCCCUUUCUCCACUUACAAAAACAAACAACCAUUAAUGAUUUAUAUUUUCUAGUUUAAUCCUGUUGAGAUAAUAUAGCCAUAAAGACAUUGAGUUUAUUAUUAUUAUCGUAAUAAUUAAUUGACGGCCAUAUUUUGACACGCCCUUUCUAUAUUCUUUUUCGCCUUAAUUUUUCCGAGUAUUUCCGAUGACAAAAACAAAACCCAACGUCCAUUUCCUUGAAACUGAAUCGAGCAAACAACAAAAACAAAGGUGCCUUGUGUGUGAUGCGAAGAAAUGCAAAAGAUAACAAACAUUUGUGACAGCUGUUUUUUUUAUUUUUUUUCAAUUACGUUUGAAUUAGUUUUUGUUUUUUUAGGCUCGAUAAGAAAAAAAGGAGAUAUUAAUUGCAAAUGAAUUAGAAUUUAACGACUCGAUGAUAUUUUGGAUUGUUUUUGAAAAUAUUACUGAUCCACUAUUUUGCUGCUGCACAACCGAUUUUUGCGAUGGGCUUCCCACAACAACAAUUCCCUACAACAACAAACAACAAAGAUCCUUUUAUUGACUCUUUCUUUCUCUCUGACUCCUUUUUCCCCAAUCUUUUUUUGAACAACCAAUAAAAAGAUAGUCGAUUAAUCUAAACCCAA